CUGGGAGAUAGCAGGUUGGCCCCACUUUUAAAAGCCCAGUUUUUUUGAAACCAGGUCUAGUUUAAGCAGCCUGAGUUCCAGUACUACUCUAGUCCCUAGGCAGUGUGAAGGGUCUCAGAGACUUUUGGGGCCACUUACAGUGUGGAAAUAGGGGGUGGAGCCCAAAGGCAGAAACUGGCACAAAUGAAAUAGUCUUGCUUCUAAAUAGAUCCCAUCCAACAGGGAUAAUGCUUAUGGCAAGAGCCAGUGUCCACUUCCUAUGCAUCCUGUUUAGAGAAGAACUCAGAGCUCAGUGUCUGGUACCCUGGCACCCCCUUGUGGUCUUUUGAGUCAGUGGCAGGGUUAAAUACUAAAUGGCAAACAGGUUUCAGGAAAGGAGUCCAGCCAGGAGGCUCUGGGCCCAUGUAGAUAGCCUUAAGAGCUGAUUUGGGUUGUCUGAUGGGGUUGGGGGUGGGAAAUCUCCAGAGCCUGGGAACUCAGUCUGCAACUCAACCUGAACUACUUCACCAACAAUGUGGUGCAGCUGAACAGAGCUUCAGGCUCUGCAACCAGGCAGGUAGGCUCUAAAAGCAACCCUAGGCAGGUCCUAGAGCCAGAACAGGAGCAGGUAUUAUGGAGAGCCCCACUUCUCCAUGAUUUCAGGAGUACCAAACCUGCUCUGGGGCUUGGUUUCCCCCAUCUGACAACUGACUGGAAAAGAUUCACUUGAAAAACCUUGCCACCUCUGCAGAUCAGAGACUGUUGCACCAAAAUACGUAUGUAUAUAUACGUACAGGAAAUUAUAUAUGCACACAUACAACCACACACAAAUGCUCAGGUAUACAACUGUGCUCACACAUGCACACAGGCAGAUAAACUCUAACAUGCUUUGCACAGGAAUAUGCAUUUGCACAUUCAAGCGCACAAGUGAACUCACACAAGCACAUGUGCCUGUGAAGGGAAAUGCAUAGGGGGCUGGAAAUGUUACUCAAUAGUAGAGUAUGUGUGAGGCCCUGGUGAUCCCCAGCAGAGAAAACACACAAUAGCACGCACGUGUAUAUUUGUGUGUACAUGUAAAACUGCACACAAAGUUACAUGAAUACUCACAUGCACUAAAAAGCAUAAGCACACAUGUAUACAGUGGUAUACAAGCACAAACCUGUCAAGCCAUUACCUUGCUCGGUGCCAGUAAAGAACAGAAACUUACAUUCAGGCACAUGUAGCUGAUGUGCAUGCCUACCAUGCCUACCAGGGUCCAUCAGAAGCAUGUAGAGGCCCUGCUCAGGGUCAGAUCUAGCCUUCAGUAUGGGGUAAUUGCAGAGUAAGCCUUUUGCCCCAUGAUUCCCAGCAAGGCAUAGAACCCUGGUCUGGAGUUAACUCUCUCUUCUCAUCCACUGCCUCAGUGUACUCCUGUGAGCCUCCACUUAUUCAUCAGUAAAACGGAGCUCAUGAUAAGGACAGCCGUCUCCUAGGACCAAUAUGAGCUUACAAAAUAAGGAACAAGCAGUGCUGAGUCCAGUGCUGGGCAAGUGGCAGGUGCUCCAUGCCUAUUUCUCCCUCCAUUUCCUCUUCCUGUCAUCCCCCAGGGCUCCAGGUCCUGUCCUCCCCUUUCUUUAAUUUUUUUUAAAUGUGCUGAGGUUCGAACCCAGGGCUCACAUGUGCUAAACGAGUGCUUUACGGUUGAGCCCACAACCUCAGCCCCCUUUCUUGGUCUUACCAUACCAAAUAUGUCUUACUGUAGUGGGACAGGGGAAGUACUGUUCAAGCCCUAUCCUAGAGGGAUGGAGGGAGGGAGCAGAAGGGAUGCAGAGUCAGCGGUUGAGGGAUUGGGGACAUGCCAGCCUGAUUAGAAGGGUUGGGGGACUGAGCUGGCUUCACCUGUCCUUGUCUCUGAUUGGGCCUUGGGCAUCCUAACUCUCAAAUCCCACUAAGCAGCCCCCACCAGGGCAAUCUCCAGAGACCUAUUAAGGUCUCUGGAGAGUCAGUUGGUUGCCAGUCUUGGGGCCAGAAGAGAGUCUCUGGAGGCCAGAGGCUGGCCUGAACCAAGUUCUUGGGAUACCCUCCAUUCAGAAGAGCCACCUGCUCACCUUGUCCCUUCACCUGCUGCUGGGGUCAUGGGGGCUGGGGCCAGCGCAGAAGAGAAGCACUCCAAGGAGCUGGAAAAGAAGCUGAAAGAGGAUGCUGAGAAGGAUGCUCGAACUGUGAAACUGCUGCUUCUGGGUGCGGGUGAGUCCGGGAAAAGCACCAUUGUCAAGCAGAUGAAGAUUAUCCAUCAAGACGGGUACUCGCUGGAAGAGUGCCUUGAGUUCAUUGCCAUCAUCUAUGGCAACACUCUGCAAUCCAUCUUGGCCAUCGUGCGGGCUAUGACCACGCUCAACAUUCAGUAUGGAGACCCAGCGCGCCAGGACGAUGCCCGGAAACUGAUGCACAUGGCAGACACGAUUGAGGAGGGUACGAUGCCGAAAGAGAUGUCGGACAUCAUUCAGCGGCUGUGGAAGGACUCGGGUAUCCAGGCUUGUUAUGAACGCGCCUCGGAGUACCAGCUGAACGAUUCUGCGGGCUACUACCUCUCAGACCUGGAGCGCUUGGUGGCUCCGGGCUAUGUGCCUACUGAGCAGGACGUGUUGCGUUCUCGUGUCAAGACCACAGGUAUCAUCGAGACGCAAUUCUCCUUCAAGGAUCUCAACUUCCGGAUGUUUGAUGUGGGUGGGCAGCGCUCGGAGCGCAAGAAGUGGAUCCACUGCUUUGAGGGAGUGACCUGCAUCAUCUUCAUCGCGGCGCUGAGCGCCUACGACAUGGUGCUGGUGGAGGAUGAUGAAGUGAACCGUAUGCACGAGAGCCUGCACCUGUUCAACAGCAUCUGCAACCACCGCUACUUCGCCACCACAUCCAUCGUGCUCUUCCUCAACAAGAAAGACGUUUUCACCGAGAAGAUAAAAAAGGCACCCCUAAACAUCUGCUUCCCGGAUUACGACGGGCCUAAUACAUACGAGGAUGCCGGCAACUACAUCAAGGUGCAGUUCCUGGAGCUCAACAUGCGACGAGACGUAAAGGAGAUCUAUUCCCACAUGACGUGCGCCACUGACACACAGAACGUCAAAUUUGUCUUUGAUGCUGUUACCGAUAUUAUCAUCAAGGAGAAUCUCAAAGACUGCGGCCUUUUCUGAGGUGGGGUCCUCGCUGCUGGACGCUGGUCUCUCUCCCCUGUUUGUCUUCUGGGUUAGACUCCUCCCUACUCCCUGGAGUCCCGCUCCAAUGUCCCCACCGCACAGCUUUCAGGGCCCACUCCGUCCACUUACCCUAUAGGCCCCACCUAUUUAAUAUAUCGACCCUGCCCCAUCUUCACAGGCGUCAUAUCUUUCAGGGCAGCCCCCAACAAAAUGCCUAAAUCUAUGUGAAUCUCAGGGAUGCUGACCCAGUUGACUCAGUUUCCUUCUAUCUUCACAGAUGUCUGAACUGAUGAAUGUCCCUUGCCCUGUGGCCCUGCAGCCCUAGCUGCCUAGUAGCCACAUCCCUGUCCCCCAUCAGGUCUCUAGGACUCUUGGACCACAGUCUGCUGCCCCACUAGCCACAAACCCAAAACCCUGAACCCUGAGCCUUGAGUCAUAGACCUUCCCCCACUCCCGCAACCCCAGCCCUGCUAUUCACCGCCUGGCUGCUCUGGCCUCUUGGACCCACAGCAGCCAGCCACAGCUAGGACAUGGCAGUACUUGGGGGCAGUUAGAGCUUACAGUGACUCAGCACUGCCCAACUGACCAAUCUCUUGCAGCUGUCCUGCCCUUGGGGACCCACAACUCACCUGGUGGGUCUGGGUUCACCAAACAGCCCUCCCUCCCACAGUUUCAUGAAGGUACUCUUGAGAUACCCCUCCCCCAAGUAGGCCUGCUGUUACCAGCAGCCGGGCCACCUCCAUGUGGCAAGUCUGACACCUGUCUACUCAGUGACCAGUGACUGUCCCUCAGCAGUUUCAGGAAUCCAAAGUCCAAGCUGGUCUGUCCAAGCUGAGAGGCUUCCACAUAGAUAAAUUAGUGACUGGAGGUGGAGCUGGGAGUCCCUGGUGCUAGAAAGAGACAUAAAUUGGACCCUUCCCAAAAUACCAGACUCAGAGUACCCCGAGCUCACAUCCUUCAGAUCUGCCUUUUCUGUCCCUGGAUACCAGAUCCGGACCAUACCCCCACUUCACCCACCCACAUAUACACAGUACUCCAGGCUGGUCAGCCAGGGGGAUGGUGUGUUGAGGGAGCAAACUAUUGACCACAGCCUUGGCCAAUAGUCAAGCUGUCUUAGGGGGUGGCUGGAGGCAGAGUCCAACUCCCAUCGAUCAGCCCCAGGCAGAAAAUUCAGGAUAGGAUGGAGGUGUGGGCUGUGCCCAGAGGAGCCUACCUCAUGUGGGAUUACAGGAAACCCAGGUAACCCUUUUGUCCCUGCUUCUCUCGCCCUCUCCUUCCAGAGCCCAUUCUUUGGUAGGGAAAACUGAGAGCCAUGCCUGAACCAUCAGGGAUAAAAAUCACAUCCCCAACAUCCUGCUUCUUCCUUCCUCAUCGAGCAGCAAAUCUUUGCUUAUGCCCAUGAGGCAGGGCUGUGCUAUAGCUGGGGAUAAGGAGCUUUUAUCUGGCAAAGCCAGAACAUAAACUGCACUUCCCUUAGCUAGAUGCACAGCAGACUCAGCAAUAAACCUUUGCAUCAGG